GAUCAGUCAGUUAUCCUGUACAGUAACGGAGCUAUGUACCCGGAUGAGAACGGGAACGGACGGAUCAGAAUUAACGGUGGGACGGAGGAGGAGAAGAGAGGAGAUGAGGAUGGAUUAAAGGAGAGAAGAAUAAAUAUCUCGUUGCUUUGCAGACAGGACGGGAAACCUGAUAUCUCUAGGUGUGCUGGAAGGUUGAGUGAGAUGGUUCUACGGAAAGAGCUCCAAGUUUGUGAUAUAACUGAAGAUCUUGUUAGUUCUAAUCUUCAAUCAAAUCCUCUUCUUCCUGAUCCUAGUCUCGUGGUCAGAUUAGGAAUAUUACAGAGUAAUGCUGAGUUCUUACCCUGGCAAAUUCGUCUCAGUGAAAUACAUUCCAUUGAAUCUUGUAUAGGUCUAUCCAUACAUCAGUUUACAGAUGUGAUCCGUAGAUUCAGUAAAUGUGAACAGAGGUUUGGAAAAUAGGUCGUCUUCCAAUUCACAAUCUGGGCUCUCUCUCACUCUCUCACUCUCUCUCUUGUUAUGUGUUUACACUGUAAGAAGAUCCUUAAAGCAUCACGUCACCAAAACCGGUUUUAUAAACCAACCUCGAGAUUAGAAAUUGUACACUCUGUACAGUGUAUAGAGUAUCUCAAACUGGUUAAUAUCUUCUUAAAAAGAUGAGCUUUGUGAAUUAAUCUUUUCCUUGUGUUCUAUUUUGUUACCAAUAAUAAUAUUAAUAAUUGC